ACAGUUGGACUUGCGUCCGAAUUUAAGCGCAAUAAUAACAGUUGAAAGGGAAGCAGAGGCACGGGGGUGUUUGGUAAUCUGAUUUUGUUCCCCUUAGACGUGCCUGCACACCUACUGCCUAUAUAGUGUUCAUUUGGCUGCUAUGCUUUUUUACCCGCCAAAAGCUACCUCCGUACUCCUUACUGCUUACCUCAACUAACUACCCACUUCUUCCUCUCCGCCCCUCCCACCCCGAAUUCUGUGGACAAUGCAAGGGGGACAAAUGGUGGUUGAUGGCCCUGUCAGGCUCUCCUCUGUUCUAACUUCUUCCGAAUUGAGCUUCCUGCCAUCACUGACAAAAAUAGUUGGCACACUUGGACCAAAGUCACGUUCUGUUGAGGUAAUUGAAGCAUGCCUAAAGGCAGGAAUGUCAGUUGCAAGGUUUGAUUUUUCUGGGUUAGACAGUGACUAUCACCAAGAAACUAUUGACAAUUUAAGAAUAGCUGUGAAAAGUGCCAGGAAGCUUUGUGCUGUUAUGCUGGACACUGUGGGUCCAGAACUUCAAGUUCACAACAAGACAGCUAAACCAAUUGAGCUUAAGGCUGAUGAGAUUGUGACCAUCACCCCAGAUGCUACAGAAGAACCAUCAUCAGAAGUGUUACCUAUUGGUUAUGCCGGACUAGCUGGGACUGUGAAGAAAGGUGACACUAUUUUUCUUGGGCAGUAUCUCUUCACAGGAAGUGAAACUACAUCUGUCUGGCUUGAGGUCUUGGAGACAAAGGAUCGAGAUGUUAUUUGUCUUGUCAAAAACACAGCCACUCUUGCAGGCUUAAUAUUCACCAUGCAUGUUUCCCAGGUCCACAUCAACUUGCCGACUUUAAAUGAGAAAGACAAACAGGUAAUUUCAAACUGGGGCAAACUGAACAAUGUUGAUUUCAUAUCCCUUUCUUAUACCCGCCAUGCAGAGGAUGUGAGAGAGCUUAGAGCUUUUCUUAGAACUCAAGAUCUUCAUGAAGCUCAAAUAUUUGCCAAAAUUGAAACUGUAGAGGGUCUAAAGCAUUUUGAUGAGAUCCUCCAGGAAGCAGAUGGUAUUAUCCUUUCUCGUGGGAAUUUGGGCAUCGACCUUCCACCGGAAAAGGUUUUCUUAUUUCAGAAGUCUGCUGUACAUAAGUGCAACACGGUAGGAAAACCAGCAAUCAUUACUCGAGUUGUGGAUAGUAUGACCGAAAAUUUAAGGCCUACCCGUGCAGAAGCUACUGAUGUUGCUAAUGCUGUUCUUGAUGGUACUGAUGGAAUACUUUUGGGUGCUGAGACUCUAUGUGGCCUGUAUCCCAUUGAGGCUGUGACAACUGUGGGGAGGAUUUGCGCUGAAGCUGAAAAGGUGUACAAUCACUUUCGCCAUUUUAAGAGAAUUGUCAAACAUGUUGGAGAACCCAUGUCUCAUGCUGAGUCUGUAGCUUCCUCAGCGGUACGAUCUGCGAUCAAGGUCAAGGCUGCAAUUAUAGUUGUGUUCACAUCAUCAGGUGGAGCAGCAAGAUUGAUUGCAAAAUAUAAGCCACCAGUUCCUGUUUUAGCAAUUGUCGUCCCACGCCUCAAAACAAAUUCAUUUAAGUGGAUGUUCACCGGUUCAUCACAGGCUAGGCAGUUGCUUGGUGUUAGAGGAGUCUACCCUCUGUUGACCAGUCCUGACAUGGCUACUUCAGGUGAAUUGGGUUUAAAACUUGCCCUGGAACACGGUAAAUCAGUGGGAUUGCUCAAACCUAAUGAUCAAGCUGUAGUGUUCCAAAAAAUUGGUGACUCGUCAGUGGUCAAGAUUGUUCAGCUUGAAGGCUAGGAGGUUGUCUCCAUAAAUAUUUUCAACCUAUCAUUUCAGACAGUAUUUGCCUGCAAAACAACUAAUCAUUCCUUCCCCAAUUUUCCUUAGAUAUAUCUCUUUAAUUAGAAAGAACAAUAAAAUAAUCAUUUUCCUUGCUAGCAAGAAACAUCAUUUUGUUCAGCUCACCCUUCUACUUCUCUCCAUUGUAAAGAAACGCAACAAUCACUUCCCUGCCUCUUUCUAGUUUCAUAUUGCAAAUUCUCAAAUGUCGCCUAAUGGCUGAAAUAUCACUGUUUUCUAUAAUAAUUGAAAUCUGUUUUGAGUGAAAGGUAGAUCUUCCUUAAAUUAGAGGUCCAACUUCCUUUAAAUUUGUUCAUAAGUCUAGCAGAUCUAGAAUGCCAACAUCAAGGAUUCAACCAUUUGGGAACUUCCUAUUCUAAUGCAGUUUACACAAAGUCUUAACAAGUCAAAAACCCAACCCACUGGAAAAUUUUGUUGCUGUGCAAUCUCCUCUGCCAUUAAAGUUACCUGCAAUGCAGUUUGCAUCUCCACAUCUUACUUUCCCACUCUACCACUUCUGGCUGAACCAAGUUCAGUCAACAAUGUCUCAUUAUCCCUUGAUGAAAACCAGUCACCUUUAUUGGCUCAUCAUAGAUCUGGCGUGUGCUGAAAGCACUAGUUACCACAAGGUAAGUACGAAAUCCUUUGAACAAAACAUUCAAGAUUAAAUUCCAAUAUCACCAGUGAUGUAGUCAAAGAGUUUAGGGCAAUUAGAACU